CGCAGUUCCUUGCAGACGCGGAAGCGGCCGUGGAGGGGAAGGUGGCGGUUCCCCCUGAGGAGGGUGUUUGUCUUUAAAGCUGACGCUGCCCGUCCCCCUCCCCGCAGGGAAGGCUGAGGGCGCUGCCGGCGCUGGAGUCCUUGUUGGGGUCCCCGCCCCGGAGCCUCUCUCAGCGGGACUGUUGACCUUCAGGGAUGUGGCCAUAGAUUUCUCUCAGGAGGAGUGGGAAUGCCUGGACCCAGCUCAGCGGAAGUUGUACAUGGAUGUGAUGUUGGAAAACUACAGCAACCUGGCUUCCCUGGCUAUAUCACCUAAAGAUAACCAGGCCUUUAUGCCAAAGCCCAGAAUACAAGAUUUAUUCUGUGAAAUAAUACUGAGUACACAUAACGGAGAUAGAAGUUAUGAAUGGAUUGAACAUUGGAAAAACAUUAAGCUAGAGUCAUAUCUUAAUCAUUGGACAAGUGAGCUGCCAGAGGAGCAUCAUAAAAGUGGAAAAGUCUUUGACCAAAUGUCCAAUCACAAUAUACAUCAGGUUUUUCCUAUUGUGGAGAAGACACACAAAGGAAGUAAAUGUGUCCAGUCUUUUCUGCAGCCUUCAAAUUACGAUGAACAAGAGAAUAUUCCUACUGGGGAGCAGGCUUACAAAUGGAAUCCAUGUGGGAGAGUCUGCAGUCAAAUAUUCAAUCUAAAUAGACGCAAAAAAAUCCAUAGGGGAAACGAACCUUAUAAAUGUAAAGAUUUUGGUAAAACAUCUUAUUGGCCUUCAGGUUAUACUCUAAAUCAGAGAAUUUAUACUGGAGAGAAGCCUUACAAAUGUAAAGCAUGUGGCAAAGCCUUUAAAUGUCAUUCCUCUCUUAUUGUACAUAAAGGAAGAAUUCACACUAAAGCAAAAUUAUACAAACUCAGGGAAAAUGAAAAAGUCUUUAGUCAGUCCUCAAGACAUAUGCAACAUCAUAGAAGUCAUAGGGAAGAACAGUCUUAUAAAUGUUCAGAAUGUGACAAAAUCUUUAGCCAACCCUCAACCCGUAUUCUUCAUCAGAGAAUUCACACUGGAGAAAACCCUUAUAAAUGUAGAGAAUGUGGCAAGACUUUUAAAAACCAUACAGUUCUUACUAAUCAUCAGAGUGUUCAUACUGAAGAUAGGCCUUAUAAAUGUAGAGAAUGUGGUCAAGCAUUCCUCCACGCCUCAAGCAUGAUUCGACACAAGAAAGUUCAUACUGGAGAGAAACCUUACAAAUGUAGAGAAUGUGGCAAAGCAUUCCUCCACGCCUCAAGCAUGAUUCGACAUAAGAAAGUUCAUACUGGAGAAAAACCUUACAAAUGUAGAGAAUGUGGCAAAGCCUUUAGGCAGUCCGCAGCCCUUACUUGCCAUCAGAGAGUUCAUACUGGAGAGAAGCCUUAUAAAUGUAGAGAAUGUGGCAAAGCCUUUAGAUAUUCCUCCUCCCUUAAUGUACAUCAAAGACUUCAUACCGGAGAUAAGGUUUAUAAAUGUAGAGCAUGUGGCAAAGCCUUUGGCCGGUCCUCACACCUUAUUUGUCAUCAGAGAGUUCAUUCUGGAGAGAAGCCUUAUAAAUGUAGAGAAUGUGGCAAAGCCUUUAGGCAGUCUGCAGCCCUUAGUUGCCAUCAGAGAGUUCAUACUGGAGAGCAGCCUUAUAAAUGUAGAGAAUGUGGCAAAGCCUUUAGAUAUUCCUCCUCCCUUAAUGUACAUCAAAGACUUCAUACUGGAGAUAAGGUUUAUAAAUGUAGAGCAUGUGGCAAAGCCUUUGGCCGGUUCUCACGCUUUACUUAUCAUCAGAGAGUUCAUUCUGGAGAGAAGCCUUAUAAAUGUAAAGUGUGUGGCAAAAGCUUUAGCUACUCCUCAGAUCUUAAUCGUCAUCAGCUUAUUCAUUCUGGAGAGAAGCCUUAUAAAUGUAGAGAAUGUGGCAAAGCCUUUAGCUGGUUCUCAUCCCUUACUAAUCAUCAGCGUGUUCAUACUGGAGAGAAGCCUUAUAAAUGUAGAGAAUGUGACAAAGCCUUUAGCAAUACUUCAAAUCUUAUUGUACAUCAGAAGGUUCACACUGGAGAGAAACCUUAUAAAUGUAGAGAAUGUGGGAAUGCCUUUAGCAGGUCUUCAAGUCUUACUGUACAUCAGAGAAUUCAUUCAGGUGAGAAGCCUUAUACGUGUAGAGAAUGUGGCAAAGCCUUUGUCACCUCCUCAAAUCUUAUUAAGCACCAGAGUAUUCACACUGGGGAGAAGCCCUGCAUCCCUUACUAAGCAUCAGAGAGUUCACACUUUAGAGAAGCCUUAAAAAUGUGGAGGAUAUCAUGGCCUUUCAUCAGUGUUCCUGCCUUACUGUAAAGCAGAGUUCAUACUUGAGAGAAGACUUACAGAUGUGAGGAGUGUUGUAUGUCCUUUACCUGCUGUUAGAACUUACAGAACAUCAUAGAAUUGAUACUGGCAAGAAGCCUUAUGAAUGUGAAAAAUGUAGAGAAGGCUUUAAAAGGCAUUCAUGUCUUACUGUACCUGAGAGACUUUAUACUAAAAAGAGAACUUACAGCUGUAGAGAAUGGGCUGGAGCCUUGACUCAGCUCAAGAUUCACUGCACAUCAGAGAUUUUACAGUGGAGGGAAGCCUUUAUACUGUGGAUAACGUGAGAAAGCCUUUAAUAUGUAGUCUAACCUGCUCAACAUUUUAGGAAUCAUUCUAAAGAGAAACAGCAAUAAUAUAAAUUUUUCAUCUAAGGAUUUAGGCUUCAGAGGUUGAAGCUACAUUGAGAAUGAUAAAUAAGGUCUUACAAAUUAUCAGGUAUAUGUCAAAGUGUAUAUUCUCAUAUCUCAUACAACAUUGUAUGAUUAUUACUGGAUCGAAUUCCCGCAGAUAUAAAGAAAGUUCUAAAGCUUACCCAUAAUGUAAACAUUAACUGACAUCAGAAUUCAUACUGGGGAGAAACAACACAAAUGUAAUAUUGUCCUAAUGUGUUUAAUCAGCAUCCGACGCUUAUUCCUCACUUUGGAAUUCAUUCUAGACCAGUGGUUGUCAACCUGUGGGUCCUGCCCACCUUUGGGGGUGGAACGACCGUUUCACAGGGGUCACCUAAGAUCAUCAGAAAACACAUAUAUAAUUACAUAUUGUUUUGUGAUUAAU